AUGCCGGCAUGGUCUGAGACGGCACCACAACAUGUUGACAGCCUACAGGACUUGUUAAGCGGCGAUCAUUGCGAUGUCGGCACUCUUCAACGUCUGCUCGACUGGAUCGCACGCGCACAUAUUGACACCCUGUCUGCUCAUGCGACGCUCAUCGUCGACAAGCUAGCUUGCUGUGUAUACAAGGCAGGGUCUCGCAAGCUAGCGCUUCAGAUCAUCUAUCGGGUUUACAAACCGCUCCCAAAGGCGGUCAUCUCGCGCCAAUGCGAGCAGCUGCUACGCCUUCUGUACGACGUGCUCUGCAAAUACGGGCCACUGGAUUCAGCAUCUCUCCCGUGCGCACUUAAGCUUUGGCGGCUCGCUGUAAGCUCUAAGGCCUCCGUCAUCGACGCGACACGCGCCAAGCAGACCGUCGCUAUCUUCCAAGCAUAUGCGUUUGACGACGCGGAGGAGCGCAACAGACUGCUUGCAAUCGAGUGCCUGGCCGCAGUUGUAGAGACACAGACUGUUCUGCUUCAUGCGCACUUUUUCGAGCUCCUGCCAGAUGUCGAAGGCCCUUCACUGUGGUCGCUGAUCGAAGGUGAUUCAUGUCGGUCCGUCAGACAGAAAGCCUGUCACGCUGCGAGCACGCUGCUUCAGAGGUCUGCGAGAUUUAUCGGGGCAGCGCAAGAAACGUCCGGACAUUCUGCUUUCACCUCGCUUUCAGCUCGUCUGGCAGAAUGCGUCUUCUCUGCACACGCCACCGUCAUCAGACUACUCGCUUCGACCGCAAAUCGAGCGAUACAACUAGAUCUACUCAAGCUAGCAAGAUCACUCGUGACGGUCACACCUCUUUCUCGGCUGGUGCGCGACCUUUUGAAUCCCAUGGCAUCGCAACUGCGGCUGUCGCUCGUCCGGUGCGAGACUACAAGUGAAUUGGCUCUGGCGGUCUAUGACGUGCAAGCUGCCCUCUCAACAGCGAUCGCAAGACCUUUGACGACUGCAAGUCUCACAACGCUACGCACUGAUGGCCAGCAUCUCUGGCUUGCACUUCGCACGUUAGAGCCCUCUGCGCCCAGUGCGGCGCAGAUGUGGCAGAAUCUGACAGCCUUCAUAGACGUCCUUACAUCAGCGACGUACGAAGAAACACUGCAACAUAUCGCCGUGCUCAGCUCGAAUGCCGUCUGCUCUGCUCAGAUUCGAUAUCUUGAGCGGUCGCAUAUUCGAGAUGCUGAGUCCGCCAACUCUGCUGUGCUGCUCAUCAUCACCAUACUCAAUCAUUCGAGAAGCUCUGAACACAUACACGAGACAGGCGUCAAGAGCUUGGGCGUCCUGCUUGAGCACGUCGCCUCGCUCUCUUCCCUCGACAACGUUGUCGGCAUAUUGACGCCAAUGCUUCGAGCGGAUUAUUUCAGCGAGCAAAUCGAAAGCAUGCAGUGGGCGUCUAGUUGGAGCGUUGCCGCCGCAUGCGACGCUGCUAGCAAAACGCAGCGCGAGCAGCUGGUUCCAACGCGGCUUGUGCCCGAUGUACUAGAAUGCUCAUCGUCUGCCAAAGGCAAGACGCACAUCAACCUGGUGCGUAUUUUGGGCAGCGUGAUUACGCGAGCAGAGUCGCAGGAUCAGCAGGAGGCCACACGAUAUUUCGCGACCCAAGUCAAGAGCUCGGAUCCGAAAGUUGCCUGGAAUGCCGCAAAGGCUGCAGCAUCAGUGCUUGCGUUGCCGAUCGAUCACACAGAGCUCGUUGAGGCGCUAUGUCAGACUGUCAUAUCGUCUAACAACAUCAAGGCUCGCUUGCAAAUCGCCACGACGCUGUCCAGUGCAAUGCUCAGGGAAUCAAAUGCCAGAAGAUCCUUGCUAGCCAUCGAAGACUGCCUCAGCACACUGUCAACGGAAAACAGAAGGCACAGCUUUCGCGAUCAUGCGAUGGUGCAAACCCUCAGGGAUCAGCUCAGUGCAGCAAGGAGUCACCUCGCGUCAUUGCUCGCUUGACUUUGUGCAUCAUUACUUUGCAAAGUGCUAUCGUGUAACACAUAUCAGCUCGUUGGCGCGGUGUGAGUCGCGUCAAGACUCACCACUGUCCAUGAGGACAGAAUCCUGCGCCGGUUGAUACCUUCUGGAUCCAGGCCAGGAGUACCGUAGGUGAAUGGCGCGAAAUAGACG